GACGUAAUGGGCCAAGCGGGCGGUGACGUCAUUUGUCUUCAACACGCAGCGCGGCGUUGCCGCUUCGACCGCAGCGACAACAGGCGUCGUCGUCUUAGUUUGAGUGUUUAUUAUUAUUAUUGGUGUGAUGAGCGCGUGUCGGGUGUUUAAUCUUUAAUAGCCGCCGACUUGCCGCGAUUGUCGGCGGCGGGAGCAACCGCGGUUGUAUAAAGUCCACAAGUUGCCGCACGCUGCUGUGUGCCGUGACAUCCUCGCAUAAAAGCCCUUCUGCGUCGUCUGCGACUCUGUGGAAGGCAAGCAGGAAAGGAAGGGGGAAGUGAGGUGCCAUGGCAAUGCAAUGGAGGCUGGGUUCCCAUCGCACUGGCCUGGUGCUUGUCGGCAUGGGCGUCAUUUGGAUGCUGCUCCUGCUGCUGGUGACGCUGAGGCAACACGGCGGCGCCAGGCAGUCGAGCACGGCGCAGCUGCGCGAGCAGAUCCUGCGGCUGAGCCGCGAGUACGUGCACCGAUUGACGCUGGAAAAGGACGACGUGUUUGCGGGGACAUCUGGGCACGACCUAAAGAGCACCAUUGCGGUGCUGAUGGAAAACAUUUUGAGUAAGGUCGUGGAGCUGGAGAAUGACGUCGACAGACUCUACAAUUGCACGAGGUUAAAAAGAGACCAGGAGCGUGACCGACGGGAUUCUUCACACGAAAUAGAGAAAGGAAAUGGAUGAGAGCCGAAAAUGAAUAAUCACAACUUCUGCGACGGCGCUUGAAGGCUCGCUAAAUGCACCACCUGCAGAAUUGAAAGCCAAGGAGAAAUCAUCCAGCGUAAAUGAUAUUAACAGUUUAACUCAAAGCCGCGACCUGGUUAUGGUUGACUUAGGUUUUUAAAAACUUCAAGCAAAUCAUGAAUCACAUAUAAUCAAGUGGAACUGCAGCGCAGUCACAAAGAAACUAUUCUUAUGCUGUUUGUUUACCCAGGAAAGACUCGCAGAGUCUCACGAUUCGCUCAGGAGGGUCGUUCUGCCGAGUCUUCGCAGUUGAGGGCGAUGAUUGCCAUGCUUAUUCCAAAAGAGUUUUCAGUGCUUCGUGUUUUUUGGCAAGGAAAGUUGGACGAUAUCAUCAGCACCUUUGGCCUUUACUACUUUAAUAAUGAAGACAAUAAUUGUUUGUACGAUUUGCUGGUUCCACGAAGUAGUGAAAAUUGGUCUUAACGUGAAGAUGGCAACAGUAGGCAUAUGGCAUGCUGUUAAUAAGUACGAUUCUAAAAUCCAUGAGAAUCAUGUCGUUCUCUUCCUAAAUAUCGUUCUGUCGCAAUUGUUGCUAAUUUUAUUUUAAUUAAAUAUAAAAUGUUCUCAUGUAAAUGUAUAAAAUUAUUAACUCAAUUAUGUAAAUACACAGCUAUUAUCCAUUAAAUUACCACUUUGUCAAAUGUUUUAGAGCAAUUUCACAACUUGGCGAUUAUAUGAAUUCAUCAUUUUCAUAGUUAUUGUAAUUAUUUAUUUCUCGUGCGACUGACGAAGUGCACGUUUUACGUAUUAUAUAUUGUAAAGUUGCAAAUAGGAGACUUAUGGCAGGAUUGAGUGAACUGCAGUUGCAGAAAAAUAUAAGCACUGUAAUCUUCGUACUGGAAGUACAGCAAAAACA